AUGGUUCGUUUGGCAAUUUCCAAGGCUUGUCUAGGGCUGCUGGCCAUUGUUGAGACAGUGUCGAGUACGCCGUUGGGGAAAGAAUUCUUCAAUGCCCGAAGCAUAUCUCCCUCUCAAGAAUUAGUUUGGCCUACGACUAUCAGCAGUCAAAUUCACAGUGAAUCUUGGCCCGAUUUUGCCAAUAAGACGCAACGGUGGUCCUCAUACAAAGCGCCGACCUUCGACGAGGUCUUCCUCCCAAAAGAUGAACAUGACCUGGCUUUAGGUCUCGAAUUCAUGUCGAGUAACAACAUGUCAUGGCUGGCUAGAUCGGGUGGUCAUGGGUACUCUCCAACACUUCAGUCGAUUCAAGAUGCUGUCUUGGUCAACCUUGAGAACUUCAACGAAGUCAAUAUCCAAUCCGACGGUACCGUUGUAGUUGGCACAGGUGUCUAUUUCGAUGAGUUGAUCAAUACUGUGGGUGCUGCUGGAAGAGAACUGACUGUGGGCGCUUGCCCUUGCGUCGGGGCAACAGGCGCCAUGCUAGGCGGAGGUCUAGGCCGCCUCCAGGGCCUGCACGGACUGACUAGCGACGCCCUCCGUAAGGUCCGCUUGGUGCUGUGGAACGGAACUAUUGUCGAAGCAUCCGACGAUCAACACCAGGAUCUGUUCUGGGGAAUCCGAGGCUCAGGUCAGAACUAUGGCAUAGUCUUUGAGUCCACAUACGAGACGUGGCCUGCAACAAAUGGAGGCCUUCAUUAUAGUGCAGACAUGGUGUUUGCCAAGAGUUCGAUCGAGACGGUCAUGGAAAUCACCAACAAUCUCACAAACCCAGCGCUUGAUGAGAAAUUGAGCAUUGUUACCUUCUUCUCCUCGAACGCCACAGAAUCUGAGCUGAUGGUAAUUGUCAACGUCGUGUAUUCUGGGCCCAAAGAAGAGGGCCAGAAGUAUACCGAGCUCUUCUCGCCAUACAGUAUGAGCCUGCAAGAACACAUGCUGAAAUGGGAAGAGUUGCCCACGCAAACCGUCCUAGGCCUCAUUCCCUUCUCCUGCACAUCAGGCCCACGUUACGAUCUGUACAGUGUCACCGCCCGAACUCUUCCUCCAUCCACAUGGGCCGAAUUCGGCAAGGAGUUCGAAGACUUCAUGCAGCAAUAUCCUGCAGCUAACGGAUCUUCCAUGAUGAUCGAGACUUUCCCCAUCCAGGGUGUCGAGGCACUGAGCGACGAGUACUCCGCUUUCCCUCACCGCAAAUACUUCCACAAUAUUAUUGAGGUCAUUGGAGCAUACACCGACGAUAGCGUCGCAGAGCCACUGGAUGACUUUAUCCGAUCUUGGAGAGACAAAUUUGCCGCUUCUUCUGGCUAUGAAGAUAUGCACGUCUAUCAGAACUAUGCUCAUGACGAUGAGCCUCUGUCGGCUCUAUAUGGUAAGGAACAAUGGCGCCAUGAGCGUCUUACCGAGAUCAAAAAUUCUUAUGAUCCCCAUGGGUUCUUCAAUGGAUAUCAUGCUGUGCCAUUGGAGCUGAGAUCAUGGAAUUAG